AUGGACUCCACGCACAGUUUAACAAACACGCCAACUCCCAAACCGCUGGAGAUAUCGAAAAUAUCAGAAUACUCAAAGGCAAAUAAAAACGCUGCAGAUCUAGGCAAGCAGAACGCCUGCUCGCCUUGUCGUAUACCAAGGAGACGCUAUUCCCAUGUUGUUCGCCCUCCCCUUGUCCCUCUAUCAACUACACGGAACGCGGUGAAGAGCAAUAAAUCUAUAGCUGUCAAACCAAACCAGCGUCCACAAAAGCCUACAGCUUCUCACUUGAAAACAAUGGAAAACUCUACCGCUGGAAAGGCCAUUUGGGACGGCAGGGCGUCAUCCCCAGACGUACGACAACGCCAACCAACUUCAAAAGGAGCAAAUAUCCUGUCUCGUGCGAUUCACGCGCUCGAUUUCAGGAGCCGUGAAUGCAGCGGGAAUGAAGCAGACAAUGCAGCUAGAGCACACGGCUUUAGGCUUUCUUCUUUACAAAAGACAUCGAUUAUUCGGGGGAAAGGGUCUGAGUUUAAUUUGAGAGCGCACGCAAGUAUGAAGACAGAGAAAAAGUCCUGUGAUGGGCUUUAUGAGAAGGCUCAAAUCCAUAGGCAUCAAGCUCCCCCGUUCAUUGAUGGUUACUCCCAGGCUUCCAAACCGCAUCACGAUGCCAUUUCCACCUCCCGCAUUCCCCGACAUAUCCCUAUCACAUCAGCGGCUAUCGCCCUAUUGGCGAAUUCUCUGAAGUCCAGCCCUGUACAAGAUAAGUCGAUGUGGAUAUCUGCUGUAGUCACAGCUAAUAUCAAUGACUCUACGGGGAGAACGAAUAUAAGCGGACCAUCCGACUCGGAUAUCCCACUAGAUGUCAUGAUACUAGUUGAUAACUCGGCAAGGGUUUCGGAAGAAAUGUUGAAGGCCGCGUGUAGGAACGCAUUUCAGCUCGCCUCUGCCCUAGAUGUACUUAUAGACAGAAUUGCUAUCUGUUGUAUAUCUCCUGAUCCCACUCAGAACUUGAAUAUUCUGAUGCCGCUUUCAUCUUACAGUCUAGACACUGUCGAGAUUUUAUUUCGAUCACUUCCAGCGUUUCAGCUUCCUCGCGGAGAAUCCAGCAGAUCUCGUUUAGCAGGGGCUAUAAAAGAGGCCUCCGGCUACCUUAUUCGCCAUUCAAGUAGAGGAGCAUCUUGCCAUAUGUUCCUUGUAACUGCGGGAGCUACAGUACUGAUUCCAGGAGAGUCUAAUGGUGAUAAAUUGCGCUACCAUACCAUAUCGCCCGAAAGCGCUAUGAUGAUUAGUAGCCGUCAGUCAUUGGAAGGAUGGCACGUUGGGACCAGUUUUGGUGGCGAUGAGCAAAGUCCCAUGGACAUCCAAUUUAAGAGCAAGCUGCAGCUUGCUCUUCAACAUCUUAGGAUAGGUGUUGAUUCAGGAUACCUCCGUGAUCUCGAAUUGCGGCUUGAAGCGGGACCAGAUUCACAUAUUGAGGCCAUCCUUGGAGACACAAAUCGGAGUGUACUUCGACUAGGCGAAUCAUGGACGGUUUUAGUUAAAGUGAAGCCUAUUCCUGGGUUGGAAAACGUUUUCAGUAGUGGCCCUAGCACUGCUUAUAGUGAUAUUGAACCACAUACGCCGAGCGAGUCAACCGUGGAUAGAAUGAUCGAUCAACUUCAAGGAAUGCUCAAACCAGCGAACCACACUCCAAACACCGAAUAUUAUAUCACUGCAUCCUUGGAGUAUAAGCACUCAGCACUUUCAGAGGAUACCAUUCUUGUAACAAAAAAUAAAUGCACGGUUCCGAGAUUUCGCAAGGCAGUUACAUGGGGUGAUGGUGUGAAACCUCCAGCCCCACGAAGCAGUUCUGCAAUUGGCCACCGCCAGAUCAUAAAACCUCCAAUGGACAGCGAGACGAUCUCAGUCAAGAAACGCCAACAAUCUGCCAGAAAUAUUUCUGGAAACGGUAAUCAAGCAAAGAAGCUGGAAAAAGAAAAUGUGGCCUCUUCUAUGAGGGGAAAUAGUUUGCCAUAUAGGGACGAGUCCCCAUUUGGAAGCAUGAAUCCAUACAAGGGUAUUUGCAGGCACCCUGACCCCCUAGUGUCACAGCAAUCCUUGGACAGAAUUCCCGAGCACGGUCACUUUCAUCGAUUGGAGGACCCAUUUGCUCGAAUACAUUAA